CAAUUUAGUACUCCGAGCAAUUAUUUGUAGCAUAAACUGAGGCGAUUAGAUUUUGUCAACAGUCUUAAAUCAACGACAUUGAAACAUGGCAAAAGAAACCCUGGUUUGCGGAGAUCAAAGAUGGUCACUUAAGGGUAUGACCGCCCUGGUCACUGGUGGAACCAGAGGCAUAGGCUAUGCCAUUGUUGAAGAACUAGCAAAAUUUGGAGCAAUUGUGCAUACAUGUUCACGCAACCAAAAAGAUAUCGAUGAGAGGAUACAGGAGUGGGAAAGCAAGGGGUUUAAAGUAAGUGGUUCUGUAUGUGACCUGACAUCUAAAGCCGAGAGGGAGAAGCUGAUUGAGACUGUAUCUUCUGCUUUUGAUGGCAAGCUUAACAUUCUAGUGAAUAACGCGGCAGUAGUUGUAAUGAAAGGGAUAACAGAACAUACUUCUGAAGACUACUCUAGAGUAAUGAAUACCAAUUUUGAGUCUCCUUACCAUCUUUGUCAACUUGCAUAUGCUGUCCUGAAAGCAUCGGAAAAUGGAAGUAUUGUAUUUAUCUCCUCAGUUGCUGCCACGGUAGCUCUACCGCAAUUAUCCGCCUAUGCAGCAUCCAAGGGAGCAAUCAACCAAGUUACUAAAAACUUGGCAUGUGAAUGGGCAAAGGACAACAUUCGCACAAACACUGUUUCACCGUGGGCUACCAGAACCAAACCAAUUGAUCCGAACCAUCCUGCUUCUGUGGCAUAUAAGAGGAUAAUAGCUCAUACGCCAAUGGCACGCCUAGCAGAACCUAAUGACAUUUCAUCACUGGUGUCAUUUCUCUGCAUGCCUGCCGCUUCAUACAUCACUGGACAGGUUAUUGUGGUUGAUGGGGGGUGGUCUGUUGAGGGUAUGACGGCCCUAGUCACUGGUGGAACUAGAGGGAUCGGAUAUGCAAUAGUGGAAGAACUAGCGGGGUUUGGAGCGAUAGUACAUACAUGUUCACGGACUGAAACAGAGCUCAAUGCUAGGAUUCAAGAAUGGAAGAGUAAGGGGUUUAAAGUAACCGGCUCAGUAUGUGACCUCAAAAUCAGAGCUCAACGGGAGAAGAUGAUGGAGACUGUCUCCUCUUUGUUUGAUGGCAAGCUCAACAUCCUUGUGAAUAAUGCCGGAACAGGUAUUCCAAAGGAAACAAUAGAAUACACAGCUGAGGAUUUCUCGACUCUGAUGGUUACCAAUUUCGAGUCUGGUUACCAUCUGUGUCAACUCGCACACCCGCUUUUAAAAGCAUCUGGAAAUGGAAGCAUUGUAUUCAUCUCUUCUGUCACAGGCUUAAUAGCUAUACCUCUAUGUUCAAUCUAUGCAUCAACAAAAGGAGCAAUGAAUCAACUCACAAAGAACUUGGCGUGCGAGUGGGCAAAGGACAAUAUUCGAGUGAAUUCUGUUGCACCAUGGAUUAUCAGAACCCCACUCACUGAUACAGUAGAAGGUGAUUCCAAAGUGAAGGAAGUUAUAACUCGCUUAAUAUCUCGAACUCCUAUUCCCCGUGCUGGAGAGCCUGAAGAAGUUUCAGCUGUGGUAGCAUUCUUAUGCUUUCCAGCUGCUUCAUAUGUCACUGGGCAGGUUCUUGGCGUUGAUGGAGGAUACACUAUAUCUGGGUUCUAGACCAACUCAAAAAGAAAAAGAUCUAAUCUGUUUUGGCUAGUUGUCUUAAUAACCUCUCUGUUAAUAAAGAGAAGAGCUUCUUCAGUGUUGUA